CCCCUCUGUGGCUUCCCAGCUUCCUCCCCGGCCCCCGCAGUUCCUCUGCUCCCCCAAAUUGCAGUCCGGGGUGGGGGGGGUGGGGGAAGAGCCCUAACACGUUGUCCCGCCCCUGCUCUCCGGUCCCAUUGGCUCCCUCCCCUGCAGCACCUGGAGCCCGCAGUCACCCGAUUGGCCAGCGGCCCCAUCAAUCCUGGCCUGCCUGUGCUGACGUCAUCCUGCAGUAGCGGGGAUGGGGUGGGAGUGAGGGAGAGAGAGAGGACGCGGGGCUCCGAGGGAUCGAGAGGCAGCCGCGGCCGGUGCCCUCUCAGCGCCACACUGGGGUCCUCCCUGGCCUGCCCUAUGAGGUAGUAAGGGCAGCAGGCCCUUUCUGUCACUGCCCGCUGCCCCUCCUCCUUGGGGAGCCCUGCACCUCCCCGAGGUGGAAUCCGAAGGCUCGAGGCUCCCAGGGGACGGCGGAUCCUGGCCUGGCCCUGCCCCCCACGCACCAUGACCCUGCUGCUGCUGCCCCUGAUGCUGGCCUCGCUGUUCCCACCCAGCUGCGGCAACAAAGCUAACAAGCACAAGCCGUGGAUCGAGGCUGAGUACCAGGGCAUUGUCAUGGAGAACGACAACACGGUCCUGCUGAACCCGCCGCUCUUUGCCUUGGACAAGGAUGCCCCCCUGCGCUAUGCAGGCCCUGUGGCUCCAGGCGGCUGCUGCUCAGGGAAGCCGGGUCAAGUGAUUGGAGUUGUGCAUCUGAUCCCUGACGCUUUGGUGCCUGCAAGAGAGGAGAUGGGGGGCGGGGUGGGGGGGGCACCUCCCUCCCACACCUCCCUUCUCCCCUCCUUCCCCUCCUCCAGGGGAGAUCUGUGGCUUCCGGCUCCACGGGUCUGGGGUGCCCUUCGAGGCUGUGAUCCUGGACAAGGCGACUGGAGAGGGGCUGAUCCGGGCCAAGGAGCCGGUGGACUGCGAGGCCCAGAAGGAGCACAGCUUCACCAUCCAGGCCUACGACUGCGGCGAGGGCCCAGAUGGGGUCAACACCAAGAAGUCCCACAAAUUCCAGCUCCUGCUCUUCCCGGGUCAGAGGUGCCUAAUGCUUCCUUGUCCGUCCUCCUGCUCUGGUCACGCAGGGCGACUGUGCAUGUGCGGGUCAACGACGUGAACGAGUUUGCCCCAGUGUUUGUGGAGCGGCUAUACCGCGCUGCUGUGACUGAGGGGAAGCUCUACGAUCGCAUCCUGCGGGUGGAAGCCAUCGAUGGCGACUGCUCCCCCCAGUACAGCCAGAUCUGCUAUUACGAGAUCCUCACUCCCAACACCCCUUUCCUCAUUGACAACGACGGGAACAUUGAGAACACAGAGAAACUGCAGUACAGUGGCGAGAAGCUCUACAAGUUCACGGUGACAGCUUACGACUGUGGGAAGAAGCGGGCGGCAGAUGAUGCCGAGGUGCAGAUCCAGGUGAAGCCCACCUGUAAGCCUAGCUGGCAAGGCUGGAACAAAAGGAUCGAAUAUGCCCCCGGCGCCGGGAGCUUGGCUUUGUUCCCUGGUAUCCGCCUGGAGACUUGCGAUGAGCCGCUCUGGAACAUUCAGGCCACCAUAGAGCUGCAGACCAGCCACGUGGCCAAGGGCUGUGACCGAGAUAACUAUUCAGAGCGGGCCCUGCGGAAGCUCUGCGGUGCGUCCCCUGGGGAGGUGGACCUGCUGCCCAUGCCAGGCCCCAAUGCCAACUGGACAGCGGGACUCUCGGUGCACUACAGCCAGGACAGCAGCCUCAUCUACUGGUUCAAUGGCACCCAGGCGGUGCAGGUGCCCCCGGGAGGCACAGCUGGGCUGGGCACUGGACCCCAGGACAGCCUCAGCGACCACUUUACCCUGUCCUUCUGGAUGAAGCACGGUGCGACUCCCAACAAGAAGGAAGGCAAGAAGGAAGAGGAAACCAUCGUGUGUAACACAGUCCAGAACGAGGAUGGCUUCUCUCACUACUCACUGACUGUCCAUGGCUGCAGAAUUGCCUUCCUCUACUGGCCUCUGCUCGAGAGCGCCCGGCCCGUCAAGUUCCUCUGGAAGCUGGAGCAGGUCUGUGAUGAUGAGUGGCAUCACUAUGCUCUGAAUCUGGAGUUCCCCACGGUCACACUCUACGCUGAUGGCAUCUCCUUCGACCCUGCCCUCAUCCAUGACAACGGCCUCAUCCACCCACCCCGGAGGGAGCCCGUCCUCAUGAUAGGGGCCUGCUGGACUGAGGAGAAGAACAAAGAGAAGGAAAAGGGAGGAGACAACAGUACAGACACCACCCGAGGAGACCCCUUGCCGAUCCACCACUACUUCCAUGGCUACCUGGCUGGUUUCAGCGUGCGCUCAGGUCGCCUGGAGAGCCGCGAGGUCAUCGAGUGCCUCUAUGCAUGCCGGGAGGGGCUGGACUAUAGGGAUUUCGAGAGCCUGGGCAAAGGCAUGAAGGUCCACGUGAACCCCUCACAGUCCCUGCUCACCCUGGAGGGGGAUGAUGUGGAGACCUUCAACCACGCCCUGCAGCAUGUGGCUUACAUGAACAGUCUGCGCUUUGCUACGCCCGGCGUCAGGCCCCUGCGCCUCACCACUGCCGUCAAGUGUUUCAGCGAAGAGUCCUGUGUGUCCAUCCCCGAAGUGGAGGGCUAUGUGGUGGUUCUUCAGCCUGAUGCUCCCCAGAUCCUGCUAAGCGGCACUGCCCAUUUUGCCCGCCCUGCUGUGGACUUUGAGGGACCCGAAGGUGUCCCUCUGUUCCCUGAUCUUCAGAUCACUUGCUCCAUUUCUCACCAAGUGGAGGCCAAAAAGGAUGAAAGUUGGCAGGGGACAGUGACGGACACACGCAUGUCAGAUGAGAUUGUGCACAACCUUGAUGGUUGUGAAGUUUCUCUGGUGGGAGACGACCUGGACCCCGAGAAGGAAAGCCUGCUCCUGGACAUGACAUCCGUGCAGCAGCGAGGGCUGGAGCUCACCAACACAUCUGCCUACCUCACCAUCGCUGGUGUGGAGAGCAUCACCGUGUAUGAGGAGAUCCUGAGGCAGGCUCAUUAUCAGCUGCGACAUGGAGCCGCCCUCUAUGCCAGGAAGUUCCGGCUGUCCUGCUCAGAAAUGAACGGCCGCUAUUCCAGCAAUGAAUUCAUUGUGGAGGUCAACGUGUUGCACAGUGUGAACCGGGUGGCACAUCCCAGUCACGUGCUCAGCUCCCAGCAGUUCCUGCACCGAGGUCACCAGCCCCCUCCCGAGAUGGCUGGGCACAGCCUGGCCAGCUCCCACCGGAACUCCAUGGUCCCCAGUGCCGCAACCCUCAUCAUCGUGGUGUGUGUGGGCUUCCUGGUACUCAUGGUCAUCCUGGGCCUUGUGCGCAUCCAUUCCCUUCACCGCCGGGUCUCAGGGCUCAGUGGGCCCCCGGGGGCCUCCAGUGACCCCAAAGACCCGGACCUCUUCUGGGAUGACUCUGCUCUCACCAUCAUUGUGAACCCGAUGGAGUCCUACCAGAGUCGGCAGGCCUGUGUAGUAGGGGCAGCCGGGAGCCAGCAGGAGGACGAGGACAGCAGCGACUCAGAGGCAGCCAACUCCCCGAGCAGCGAUGAGAGACGCAUCAUUGAGAGCCCCGCACAGCGCUACUGAGGCCAGGCUCCUGCCAGAGAGCAAAAGCAAGCUCUGCCCUGGGGAGACAGACCCGGGGGAGAAGCAGAAGGACGUUCUGAGAGAAGAGACCAAGAGGCAGGCGGCUCUUCGACAGCCGUCCUUCAGUCUGGAAAGCCAGUAGCCCUCCUGGCACCACCCCUGGCCUCCUCCUCCACCCUCCCCUGCCGUGGGGCUGUCCUCCCCUGGCUGCUCCUGUGGCACCCGGGGUGGCUGGGGGACCCUAGUAGCCCUUUCUGUCCCCCACGGCAGAGGCCCCCUUCCUCCCCUGUAUCUGUCUUCCCCACCAGCCCUGCUCUGUACUGGGGAGGAGGUGUCGAGAGCCAUGGCCGGGCAGGGGUGGGGUGGAGGGGCUCUGCGGCCUUCUGCUGUCCUGUCCCGGAGAUUGUCCUCCCUGGCCCCGGCGACUGGGCCUGCCCCGCUGCUCUCCCGAUCUCCUCACCUCCACUUCCAUUUCUCUCUGGGGAUCCCCGCUCCUCCACCUCCCCAAGUCCCCUUCCUUUGUUGUUCUCUUUCCUCUUAUGCCCUGAAGUCCUGGGGUCCCACAGCCCUGCCCCUUCCUCCAUGGCCAGCUUGUGGCUGGCUGGUGGGGCUGGGAAGGGGAGCAGGAGCUCUGGGUGUAUUAUAUAUGAUGUAUAUUUU